AUGAAAGCAAAUAAUUACCAAGCUUAUCCAAUGGAGCAAGCGCGAUACAUAGCUUACCAGUUAUGUUAUGCGGUAAAAUUCAUGCACGAUAAUCGUUUAACGCACACGGAUCUCAAGCCCGAAAAUAUUUUGUUCCUGAAUAGUAGCUACAGAGUGGUCGAAGAUGGGAAAAAAAAGAGGCCUUUACGAAUAAUCGAUGAUGCAAGCGUGCGAUUAAUUGAUCUCGGCUCAGCAACAUUUGAUCAUGAACAUCAUUCUACAAUUGUUUCAACAAGGCAUUAUCGAGCACCUGAAGUUAUUCUAGAAUUAGGAUGGUCCCAACCAUGUGAUGUUUGGUCGAUUGGUUGCAUUUUGUUCGAGCUCUACCUCGGUAUCACAUUGUUUCAGACGCACGAUAAUAGGGAGCAUCUUGCAAUGAUGGAGAGAAUCUUGGGUACUUUACCUUAUCGAAUGUGCAGGAAGUCUAAAACAAAAUACUUUUAUCAUGGACGGUUAGAUUGGAAUGAAAAAACUCAAGCAGGGCAGUAUGUCAGAGAUAACUGUAAACCGUUGUCGCGUUAUAUGAAAUCAAACGAUCCAGAGGACGUUGAAUUGUUUGAUAUAAUCUCAGAAAUGCUUACAUACGAACCAUCGCAACGAAUUACGCUGGGCUCUGCAUUGGACCAUCGAUAUUUCAAACGUUUAGCGCCACACCUCAGGCUACACGAAGGUGGUGCGUCAUCGAACGGAUCAUCAUCAUCAACGGUGGCAACGGCGGCAACGACAGUAGUAGCAGCCGAAGCUAUAGUAAUAUCAGAUGCAGGUGAUGGAGAUGGCGAAGAACGAUAG